UCUUAUCUCCGACCACCGUUGUCUCUCGCCGAAUUCAUUUUCGGGUGCAAUGCCAAAGAGAAAAGGAAGAGGACGACCAAAAGGGUCUAGUGCUCAGAAAAAGGUUAAAGAGAGUGCAGAUGGUGAAUUGGUCAUUCCAAAUAUCCCCUUAAAGGUGUUGAAAACUGAGCCUGGCUUUAUUAAGGAACAUGAAGGAGGUACCAGUAUGCUUAGGAAAAAGGGACCAGGACGGCCAAAAAGAUCACAGACUCAAAAUUGUCAAGAGAGUGACCACAGCAACUUGAAUAGUUGCUUUAAUCCAUCAAAUAUGGUUGAAGUUGGUCCUGGAUGUGAAGAAUCAGAAGAUGCAGUUGUGCCCAACAAAAAUAGACAAGGACUACCAAGUGGAUCAGGGGGGCAGUACUGUCCAGAGAAUGCUGAUAGCAAUAAUUUUUAUAGUAAUCCAUCAAAUAUGAUGGAAGCCAGUCCUGGAUGUAAGGAGGAACAAGAGCAGGAGCAGGAGGCUGAUGCAGUUGACGUGCCUAGGAAAAGUGGAUUAUCACAACCAAGAGAGUCAACAGACCAGGAGAACCAUCAACAAAAUCCAGAUGGAAAGUUGAUUAUGUUCAUUUAAGUGGUGUCUUUUAUUUUUGGCUGUAAGGUUCUAUUUGACACUUGUCUUAUUUUAUGUUGUG